AUGGUUAAAGUGAUGAUGCAACUUGAUCUUCUCAUUAAGCUUGUGAUGGGAGCUCCUCCUAAGAGAAAGAGGCUAGAAAAGUCAAGUGAUGACGUUCCAAAGCCUAAUGAGACAAUUGUUGAACGGCCGAAGGUAGUUGAGGAAAAUGUUGAAAGUGAGGAAGCUCCUAAGGUGGUUGAUUAUGAUACUCUAAAAAUGGAUGGAUCUCCAAUUGUUCCAUUGCCACAAAUCAAAAUUCCUCCCCUAUUCCCACAAAGGCUCAAGAAUAAAGAUGAUAAUACCAAGUUCAAGAAGUUUUUUGUGAAAUUUAGCAAUUUAUCGGUGGAUAUUUCUUUGCUAGAACCCUUACAAGAAAUGACCAGCACAAUGGUGGUGAAGAAAGAAGACCGGCUAGUCUUAGACACUCCUACUACUAUAAGGCUUCUAAUGGCUAAUAGUUUAAUCAAAAAGCCUGUUGGUGUUUUGUAUGAUGUUUUGGUAAAAGUUGACUGGUUUAUCUUUCCGAUCGACUUUAUUAUUAUUGAUUGUGAGAUUGAUCAUAAGGUCCAAAUCAUUCUUGGUAAAUCAUUAUUGGCUACCGAAAGGGCCUUAGCAGAUGUGGAAUAG